UAAACAUAAAACAUUUGUACCACGGCGGUGCUACUAGUUACAAGUCUAGCGGUUGUAAAAUUUUGAAAAGAUCAAAAAAAGUUUGCGGGAUUUGAAAAUUAUUAUAAAGAAAAGAUUGAGCAAAAAAUAGAUUUGAAAAAGAAAAAAAAUUGAAACGUUAACGGUUCGUAAAUUGGCUAAAACUUGAACUUUCUUCUUCAACUGAAAAAAAUCUUGUUUUUUUUUUGUUUUUGCCUUAAGUUGAAGUUGUUUUUUAAUGUUUAAACGUGAGUUGGAUUAAAUUCAGUAUUUUUUUUUUUUAUAUAAAACCAAGUGUAAAGUGGUUAGAAAAUCCAGAAUAGAAAAAAAGAGUUACUAUAUAAAAUAUAUAAAAUAAAAGGAAUAUAAGAAAAAAAUCUUGAAAUUUAAAAAAAAUAAAAUAAAAGAUAUAAAAAACAAAAAAUCCAAAGAGAUUAGUUACUAGCACGACGUUUAAGACUUAAUAAAACAAAAACAGUUAGAUGACUAUCAUUUUAACACAAAAAAAUUACAGAAUUUGAAAAAUAAUAUCUUUAAAAAACAACAACAAAAUUGUGGAAAAUUUAAAUAUUUUAAAAAUUUUUUUUCUGUAAAACAUAAAGUGUAUUGAAAUUUAUAAAAAAAAGCUUAAAAGCAACAUGGGUUACAACUUUAGAGUGGGCUUGAUGUUACUAACUUUUGCGGGGCUGUAUUGCGCAAGCGCAGCUAGUGAAAGCGGCAAUUAUCCUGGAGUUAUAGAACUGGUGGGUUAUAGCAAUCGACGAGCUAGAACCUAUUAUGCCCCCACCGAAGAUAAACCUACAGCAGCGCCUGCAGCAGCUAAAAUGCAGGCAGAUAUUGAAACGGUUAAACAAAAUAUUGAAAAAUAUAAUAAACUUUUAACUUUGGAUACUAAAAAUCUGCCUGAAUCUCAAAAGGAUAUGUUGGAGAGAAUUGUAGAACGAGUGGCUAGACUUAAGGAAUCUUUGGAUAUAGCUGAACCGCUAAAAGAGAAAACAAAUGUCAACAAAACUUCUGAUACAAAAGAUGAUACGGUUGAGCCUAAAGAAUUGGAGGUACAGGAAGAGGAAAAUUCCACUUUGACCCCUACAGCCAUGCCGACACGUUUCGAGGAAUUAGAGGAAGAGGAUAAAACUGAACCAACUUUGGUGUUGGAUGAAACUACAUUGUUGCAGUUACAAACCUCUAUGGAUAAAUUGGCAGCAGCACAGGCUGCUGUUACCUCUCAAGCUACACAAAUGAGAGAGUUUCCCACCACCACCGAAAUGAUGCCAGAGGAAAAUUUUGCCGAAGAAGAACAGCAAACUACCGAAAGUCCUGACUCUGAGGAAGAAUAUGAAGGUACCACUUUUGAACCUUCCACUGAUACCACAGAUCCAGCUGAACAAUUUGUGGCUGCUAGAUCAAAUAACAAUUUAGCCGGUAUUACUGCAGCUUCUGAUGAAACAGAAACUAUGGCCACUCUAAGCACUACAGUAGGCAGUCAGAGAACCUUAACCACUAGUGGUAAAAUUACCAAAAAUCGUGCCACCAAAAGACCACAUGGAGUUAAUAAAAAUAAUAAUGCUAAAAGACGUCCUUCCACCUCCUCGGCCAACUAUAACAAGAAUAGCAACAUAAAGCAAAAACUCCCCUCAGGAGUAACACAGCCAUCGUUACAACAAUAUCAGAAAAUAUCACAAAAACCUCAACCACUAACGAAUCAAUAUCAACAACCUUCAGUUCAACAAUAUGGCCAUCUACCACAACCCAAUCUUCAGCAGGGUUAUCAAUCUCAACCACCCAAAACCGUAUCACCUUCUAGUAUAUCUUUGGAUAAAUAUAAUACUGGCAGUAGUUCCUCGGCAGCACCCGCUAAUGUAGCCGCCGCCUCUUAUGGUAUUAAUCCUGCACCAGCCACCUCUUUACCAGUCAAUAACUAUGGCUCUUCAUCCACAUCAUCAUUGUCAUCUGCUGCCUCAAGUGCCAGUCAAGAUUUAGUUUAUGAUUCUCAUGUUAAUACUUCGGCCAUAAUUGAUAGUUUAAAUAAUAAUGCUCGUGAGGAAUACUAUCAACAGAAACAAUCACUGGCAACGGGAGUGGUAACAAAAGAUAAGGUGAGUUUAGAAUAAUAAAAAAAUAUAUAU